AUGAAACUGAAGCAAGGAUCAUUUCUGUGGUACCUCUACCUGGACAAAAUUUACUGCUUAUUAUCUGUGAGAAAUGUGAAGGCCCUGAUGGAAUACUUCCACAUUCUCGAUGCACACCGUAGGAACACCAUGAAUGAUGUGCUGUUCUAUCACUUCCUCCAUCAUGUGACUAACUUGAAAACCAUACAGAUCAAGGUUAUAUUUGACAUGCUGGACUGGACGGCUAUGGGUGAGAUCAGUUUUGACCGGUUCUAUGUGUUGGUUUGCAUACUGCUGACACACCAGAACCACCUGGAAGAUCAAUUUAUGUAUCGCCAUUCCCGACUUGUUUUUGACUUGCUUGACCUGGAUGGGGAGCUGAAAAUUGGUGCAGCUAACUUCCACAUGUACAGAUUUCUCUUUAAUAUUAAAAAACAGGAACUUCGAGAGCUCUUCCAUGACUUUGACAUCACAGGUGACCGACUGCUUAAUUACAAGGAAUUUAAGCUGUAUACGAUCUUUGCCACUGACAAAUCCCUGGAUAGGAAGAAAAGGAGGAAAGAGAGACAGGAAGCGAAAGAAAAAGGGAAAGAGAAGUUUCAGCUAUUUAAGAAAAGAAUGCAUUCAGCUAGGACGAGCCAGAAGAGCCUCAACGAACAGCUGUGA